AUGGCAAGAAUUCUAGAAGCAUUUCCCAUAUUCUAUAUAACUAAUAAUUGGUUAAUAUAUGGUUUUGGAGAAAAUAUAUACACACAAAUCUCACUGAAAUAUUUUUAAACAGGACUUUCAAAACAACUCUUCAUCAGUCUCCUCAUCAAUUAUAAGAAGCUAGGGCUGCUUGAUCGUGGACUCCCUUCUGUAUUUUCUAAUUAAUUAUAAAAAAAAGUAAGAGAGCUAUUCUGCACUAAUUGUAGAGGGUAUUUUAAAUUCAUUUCUAACUAUUAGAUCUUUUAGGAUAAGUUUCUCCUCCUCAUUAACAAGUUUAAGUUCGCCCAGGGAGCGCAAAGUUUAAAAACACAUCCUAAAAAAGGAUUCAUUCAUCAUUUCUGAUUAAUAAUAUUAAUAUGCUCUUUUUUUUAUUGUGCUGAAUUUAAAUUAAUUGAGCCAACUCUUUUAUUAAUACAUAUAAUAAUAUUUCUAUUAAGUGUGA